UUUCCCGUGAGCCCUCGGGGAGUGGUCCGACCGCGGGCGGCUGCGGGUGAGGAGCGGGGCGGGGGGCGGGGGGAGCCAUGGCUCGGCGCGGCUGGCUGCGGGCGCCCCUGAGCCGCGGCGGCGGUGGCGGCGGCGGUGGCCCCGGGGCCCGCCGGCUCAUGCGGCCGCUCUGGUUGCUCCUCGCAGUGGGCGUCUUUGGCUGGGCCGGGGCUUCGGACGGCGCCGGCGGAGCGGCGAGAGCCAUGGACGAGGAGAUCGUGUCCGAGAAGCAAGCCGAGGAGAGCCACCGGCAGGACAGCGCCAACCUGCUCAUCUUCAUCCUGCUGCUCACCCUCACCAUCCUCACGAUCUGGCUCUUCAAGCACCGCCGGGCCCGCUUCCUGCAUGAAACCGGCCUGGCUAUGAUUUAUGGUCUUUUGGUGGGCCUUGUGCUUCGAUAUGGCAUUCAUGUUCCAAGUGAUGUAAAUAAUGUGACCCUGAGCUGUGAAGUGCAGUCAAGCCCAACUACCUUAUUGGUAAAUGUUAGUGGAAAAUUUUAUGAAUAUACACUUAAAGGAGAGAUUAGUUCACACGAACUCAAUAACGUUCAAGAUAAUGAAAUGCUUAGAAAGGUUACCUUUGAUCCGGAAGUAUUUUUCAACAUAUUACUUCCUCCUAUCAUAUUUUAUGCAGGAUAUAGUCUGAAAAGAAGACAUUUCUUUCGAAACCUUGGGUCUAUCCUAGCAUAUGCUUUUCUUGGAACAGCAAUUUCUUGUUUUGUAAUUGGGUCAAUAAUGUAUGGCUGUGUCACACUGAUGAAAGUAACUGGACAGCUUGCAGGAGAUUUUUACUUUACAGACUGUCUGCUGUUUGGUGCCAUUGUAUCAGCAACUGACCCAGUGACUGUCCUGGCCAUAUUCCAUGAGCUUCAAGUGGAUGUUGAACUCUAUGCACUUCUUUUUGGGGAGAGUGUCCUCAACGAUGCUGUUGCCAUAGUGCUGUCUUCCUCAAUAGUGGCAUACCAGCCAGCUGGGGACAACAGCCACACCUUUGAUGUCACAGCCAUGUUCAAGUCUAUUGGGAUUUUCCUUGGGAUCUUCAGUGGAUCUUUCGCAAUGGGUGCCGCUACGGGUGUGGUGACAGCUUUAGUGACAAAGUUCACCAAAUUACGGGAGUUCCAGCUGUUGGAGACAGGCUUGUUCUUCCUGAUGUCCUGGAGUACCUUCCUCUUGGCUGAAGCAUGGGGCUUCACAGGUGUGGUUGCAGUGUUGUUUUGCGGCAUCACACAGGCCCAUUAUACAUACAAUAAUCUGUCCACAGAGUCUCAGCAUAGAACUAAACAGUUGUUUGAGCUUCUCAAUUUCUUGGCAGAGAAUUUCAUCUUCUCCUACAUGGGACUGACACUGUUCACCUUCCAGAACCAUGUCUUUAACCCAACAUUUGUAGUAGGCGCAUUUAUUGCUAUUUUCUUGGGAAGAGCUGCUAAUAUUUACCCCUUGUCCCUCUUACUUAAUUUGGGUAGAAGAAGUAAGAUUGGAUCAAAUUUUCAGCACAUGAUGAUGUUUGCUGGCCUCCGUGGCGCGAUGGCAUUUGCCUUGGCCAUUCGAGAUACUGCCACGUACGCACGGCAAAUGAUGUUCAGUACCACACUUCUGAUUGUGUUUUUUACCGUGUGGGUAUUUGGUGGUGGCACCACUGCCAUGCUCUCAUGCUUGCAUAUAAGGGUUGGUGUUGAUUCCGACCAAGAACACUUGGGUAUUCCUGAAAAUGAGAGAAGAACCACCAAAGCAGAGAGUGCCUGGCUUUUCCGGAUAUGGUACAACUUUGACCAUAACUAUCUGAAGCCCCUGCUGACGCACAGUGGACCUCCGCUCACUACAACGCUCCCUGCCUGCUGCGGGCCCAUCGCCAGAUGCCUGACCAGCCCCCAAGCUUAUGAAAACCAGGAGCAACUGAAAGACGAUGACUCCGAUCUUAUUCUCAAUGAUGGCGAUAUUAGUUUGACGUAUGGGGAUUCUACUGUGAACACCGAAUCAGGAGCAUCCGUUGCCCCUAGGCGGUUUAUGGGAAACAGUUCUGAAGAUGCCUUGGAUCGGGAGCUUGCAUUUGGGGACCACGAACUGGUCAUUCGGGGAACACGCCUGGUUCUUCCUAUGGAUGAUUCUGAACCCCCAUUAAAUUUGUUAGAUAAUACAAGACACAGUCCAGCCUAAGCUUACUAAUGCUCACUUAGUGAUUUGUAAAAUUUGCACAUGUGAUUGUGAAGAAAUUUGUACUACCUAAAAAGUCCCAGUGCAUGUCUCUGAAUGUUUAAGCUAUAUAAAUACUCUUUAUAUGGCAUCGAGAGAAUAUAAAUAUCCUGUACAAGGCAGAUUGUGAACAAACUCUUCUUUUAUGUUUCGUUGGCUGCACUAUGUAGAUUGGAUCUGUUUUAGAAAAAAGUUAUUUUCACAGUGCUGUUGUGUGUUCCGUUAGCUUUACGUCUCAGUUAAAGUAUACAAAGUGACAGAUUUACUCUUUCUUACACUUACCUGAUACUUAACCAGAAUACCAAGUUCUUGUGCCGUGAAUUAAUUUUGUUUCGUGGGAGGGGAGGGAGAGGAAAGAGGGAGUGUUAUCUCUGGGGAAGCCCAUGGAGGGAGAGGUUCCUUUGUUGGGAAACUUGUGUUCAUUGCUACUGCCUUGGUCAUGACCUUUGUCUCUCCUUUUUCUCCGGAUGGUGUUCGGAUCUUGUCCCGUUGGAGCUGGGAAUGAAGUGGGGAGGGGCUCUCUCCCCCGCCCCUUGCUAUGAAGGAACAGAUUCAUUGACUUAUAGCACACUGGUGUUCAGAAAAGAAGGGCUACAAAUGACGUCCAAGACUGUGUUGCUUUUCUCCCAGACCAAGACCAUAGGAAGGAGUCGCAUCAUCCUGCCAGGUUAGCCGAAGUACAGGUGUAGAUGGCACAGGGCACGUGGUCUGCAUUGGCGGGGGCCGGGGCAAAGCGCAGGAGCGGAGGAAAGAGAAGGGGGGGGUGCUUCGGAUAUCUCUCUUCCCAAAUGUGUAAAUAUUCCAUAUCAGAUAAGUUUAAAUAAGAAACUCAGUUGCUGCUUACUUUUGGAUUAUAUACUUUAUCUGUAUAGCAAGCUUUGUGGUCAGGUGUUUUUUAUAUUGAUUUAAAUCGCUGCUCUUUAGCAGCCAAACAGGAGCAAAAUGUAAAAUUUUUGAACUUUACUAUGUCUCAUUGUCAUUCGUUAGUCUGUAGUUGAUGUUUAAAGUUAAUUUAUGACUCCAUGAUUGUUCCACACUACAUCAAAGUCAGUCGGAGAGAAGCGCACCGCUCUGGAGCUUAUCGUAAGGGCAGUGUUCCUUUAUGUGCACCAGCUAGACUUGUCUUCGUUUCCAUGUUACUUUUUAAUAUGAAAUACUGAAGCUGCCGUGUGGGUGUGGGUGUGGGUUUUUUUUUUUUUCUUUUACAGUUUUCAAGGAAGAGUACAUAGCAACUUCCCAUUUCCUAUUCAGAGAAUGAAAGUAGAUUCUAUUUUGUAAUGCUGAAAAAACCUACAGGUGCACUGAACGCUUAGAAGGGGGGUACGUUCUGAUGUUGAUCCUGACCUGUUAAUGUUUCGGAAGACAAAUGGGAACUUUUGUGGGUCUUUCCCCCCUUCGUUCUGAGUAGCAUUGCCUUAAAUCUUAACCCAAUUCGCAAACUGAUGUGUUUACAUGAUGUUCAAAUUUCCCAGCAAAAGAUGUCUUUCCAAACAAAAUAUGUACUUAUUCUCCCCAAGGUGUCUGUACUGUUGUGAACACUCCUUGAGAUUUUAAGGGAAUUCUACUGUUGUACCCUCGAGCGGCAGCUCUAACUGUUGGCACAGCCAUUUGUUACGUAGUGGUAGCGACUUUCCUGCUAUGCAGGAGCCCCGUGACGUGUGCGUUUGAUAGGACGUGUGCCUCUUCAUGCAGUCUCUCAUUUCUUGUUAAUGUGUGUUUGAGGGGCUUUGAACUUCAGCGUCAUUCACCCACAAAGUUGUUCAAGUUGUAAGAGGUUAUACAAGAAAUUAACAACUACCUUUUUUAUUCUGUCAGGUUACUGAGCUCACUUUAUGAAAAUGGCUGUAAAUACUUAGCAUGACCCAUUCAGUAACUCGUCUCUUUCAGCAUGCAUAAGACUUUUUCUUAGGGAAACCGAUACAGCUUGAGUCAACUAAAUCUGCCUUCGUACUUUAUCAAAGGGGAUCCAAGGCUGCUGUGCUUAUGUCAGCAUCUGAAAACUUCUCCUCUCCUCUAAUCUGUGUGCACGUCUCCAAGCAAAGAAGAAACAACAAACUGUGCUCAUAUACCUGUUGGUUUUCGACACCUGAGUGAACUCGAAUGAAGGACAGUCUGAGGUUACCAUCACGCACAAAGUAGAGCUGCUCUCGGACUUAACUGUUCUGUUCUUUGUGAACCCUACGUGUUUGAAUGACUCAAACAUUGCAUCUUUUAAAAGUUAUUUUGUAAGGUUCUUGGCAUUUUAUCCUCGUCGUCCGUGUUUGGCAAUGUGCUGUUAAAGAAAUAGACUUAAUCUGUAUGUAUUUUUUGUUUUCCCUUGGAGUACUUGGACAGAUGUUAUAGUGGUUUCUUUUAGGAAAAUCUGUCAUUAAAAAAAUUAUAGCCUUGCAAAUAACCACUCACCGUAUUUGAGUCACAGUUUAUUCUAGUGAGAAUUAAAGAGUGCUGACUUCAUUUAUUUUUCUACCUAUACACUUACUGGGAAAGCGGGGAAGACCAAUGCUUAAAAAAAGAACAGACAGAAACCUACCAGAAC